UACCAAAAGACAUUCCUGUCAAAAUCGAAUUGCAACAAAAAAGAGUAUUAAAAUAAUUGGCAACCGAAAAAUCUUCGUGUGAAGUAGUUUCUGCUCUCUCAAUUUUAAUUUUUGCUCCCAAUUGGUUUCAAUUUUUCAGACCAGACGAUACAACUGGAAUUUUUUUGAUCUUAUUUUUUUCUUGUAAUUCUUCUUCUCCAUUGUCCAUUGAAAACACCGUUUUGAUUGUCUUUUUUUUGUCUCGAGCUUAUCGACAUUUUUUACACAAAAAAAAAGAAGUUCUUUCAGAACAAAAAAAAAAAAAAAAACAAGAGUGAAAGUGCUACUUUGACGCGUAGUACACUGAUUUUUUUUGUUCUUCUUUUUUAUUUGUUUUUUCUGCAACAACUAAAUUAAAAAAUACACACACCGAAAAUGUCUUCUUCACAAAACACUCCAGAGAAGACUCUGACAGCCAGACCGCCCAUGUGUCCACGUUCAUCGAGCCACAGUCCAAACCAUCCAACUGCAAGUCUUCAAUUACCAAGUCCAAUUAUUACGAAACGAACAAGGACUGCCUCAACUUCCGCUCGAGCUUUAGAAAAUCCAGUUGAAACUGGGAUUGUCAAGUCAUUUAGUCGAUCCAAGGGCCAUGGAUUUCUUACACCCCAUUCCGGUGGCGAAGACAUUUUUGUUCAUAUCUCGGACAUCGAAGGCGAAUACGUUCCACAGCCUGGAGACGAAGUCAAAUAUCGUUUGUGUGCCAUUCCACCGAAAUUCGAGAAACACCAAGCCGUUCAUUGCCAGAUAAUCAAUCUUACACCAGAGGUUCAUCAUAAAUGGGAAGAACCUUUCCAAAGUUGUCACGAUUCCUCCUCCGAUAAAUAAAUUCAAGUUUACUUAUGGAUACAGCCAUUUUUCUUUAAACAAAAAUAAGAAAAAAAAAAAAACAAUUAAAAAAUAAAAAUUGCAACAUGAUGAUUAUCCUCCGCGGGGUCUCUUAAUUAUAUUAUACACAACAAACAGAAAAAAAAAAACAA